UGACUUAAUCAAAUUACUGAAACAAUUCAAUGGGAAUGCUAGAGAAUUUGGGUCAUCCUAAACUUAAAUAUAUAUUUUAUGAGGAAGAAGAUCAGCUUGAAAUUAGUUAAUAAUAAUGUAUCCCUGUGGUGUCAAAUGUCUUCUUCUUCUUCUUCUUCUUCUUGCACUUCACUGUGGUGGAAUCCAUGCGUUGCAGAGUGACAUCGAUUGCUUGAGAUCGUUAAAAGACUCGUUGGAGGAUCCUUUGGGUUACCUUCAAAGUUGGGACUUUACCAACCAGACUGAAGGAUUUAUCUGCAAGUUCGUAGGAGUUUAUUGCUGGCAUGCCGAUGAGAAUAAAGUGCUAAAUAUCCAACUCUCUGACAUGGGGCUUAGAGGGCCAUUCCCUCUGGGCAUUCAAGGAUGUUCAAGCUUAACGGGUUUGGAUCUUUCAGCUAACCAACUAUACGGAACCAUACCUUCCGAUGUCGGAAACAUCAUCAGCAGAAUUACAACGUUGGAUCUGUCUUCAAACCGAUUCUCCGGUGAGAUUCCUGCUAGUUUGGCAAACUGCGAGUACCUAAAUGUUCUCAAGUUAAACGAUAAUCAGCUGACAGGCCAAAUUCCGCCUGAAUUUGGUUUGUUUGGUCGCAUUAAGGUGUUCAGUGUUUCAAACAAUAGUUUGACGGGGCCAGUUCCAACGUUUUCUGGAAACAUUCCGGCAGAGAUUUACGAAAAGAAUGAAGGACUUUGCGGAGGUCCCUUGCGGCCGUGCCCAGCACAUGCCGCGAAAGGCCGCCACAGUGAUCGAGAUUUCUUCAUCAGUGGCUUCGCUACAGGUUGGGCCAUCUUUGUGUUGCUGGCUUUAUAUAUUUGCCUCUUUGGAUUUCCUUACGCAGCUAUAAACAAGAUUCUUUUUGGCAAGAAACUGAUGAAGGUGAACGGCAUCAUAAGUGUAUGUCCUGCGCAAGAAGAUAUUGGCAACCAAGACAAGAUUGCGAAGCUAGAGAAAUUUGUGAGCAGAAUGAGUUUUAUGGAGAUGGCAAAUGCAACAUCCAAUUUUAGCCAAGACAACAUUAUUGGGUGUGGAACUCUAGGGAAAGUGUACAAGGCAACACCCCCAAACGGAUGGCUUCUUGCCAUCAAAAGGCUCCACGAGACAGAGAAUUUGGAUGAGGAGUUCGCCUCUGAGAUCAUGACUUUGGGCAGACUACGCCACCAAAAUCUGGUCCCCCUCAUAGGUUUUUGCUCCCAAGGAAAAGCAAAACUUCUGGUCUACAAGUACAUGCCCAAUGGCAGCCUGCAUGACUGGCUACACUCUACAGAAGACAGGGCAAAAGUCUUGACAUGGCCUCUGAGGAUGAAGAUUGCAGUUGGUGUAGCUAAAGCCCUGUCGUGGCUUCAUUACGCUUGUCGCUUAAACGUGGUGCAUAAUGGCCUCUGCUCGAAAUGCAUUCUGAUGGAUCAGAGUUUCAAGCCAAGAAUAUCGAAAUUCUGGGAAGCAACGGUCACGAAUCCCAACGACACCGCUUCUUCUAGCUGGGAAGAAUAUGGAGACAAUAAUUUCAGCCCUUACACCAAAGAUGUGUACUGCUUUGGAAUUGUGCUUCUUCAGCUUAUAACCAGAAAGGAAGCUUAUGAAUUGAGCUGCUCCACUGAUCUCAUUUUCGGUAGCUACACAACAGCUGCUAGUCCACUCCAGAUAGAUGAAGUGCUAACACAUGCAGGAUUUGAUGAUUCUAUCUCACAAUUCCUUGAAAUUGGGAAGAGUUGUGUGAAGUUCAUGCCUAAUCAAAGGCCAACAAUGCUUCAAGUCUAUGAAUCACUCUCAUCCAUUACACACCCAUGGCUGGUUGACAAUAAUGCUUCUGCAAUUUCAAUGGAAUGUUGCACUUAAGAUUAUGUUAGAACCAACUGAAUUACAUAUAUAUAACUCCUUUUUAUGAGAUUAUAGGUAACUUAGCAUAUAUUUUGUCCUCAAUAACAAAUUGAUAAUUCAAUUAUAAUAGCGAA